CAGCGAGUCUAGGGAGGUGCAGUUCACAUACGCUUGUUAAACAGAUCAGUGACUGCAUAAAUAGAGGGCUGUUGGGAAUCUCUUAAUUUUUGCGAGAGCUCAAUGGCAAACAGUUCACAUGUUGAACACAACAUUUCCUACCUGUGCCAAACAACCGCUACAAGUGUAGUUCUGCCCAUUAUCUACACCAUCAUGUCUCUCACUGGCCUGCCUGGGAAUGCUAUUUCUCUUUGGGUGUUCAUGCACAAGAUUGACAUCAAAACGUCCACCCAUAUCUACCUGAUAAAUCUAGGGAUCUCAAACAUGUUGCUCUGCCUCACCAUGCCAGUCCAGGCUGCAUAUUACUCGCUUGGAAUCACAUGGGACCAACACAACACUAUGUGCCAAAUAGCAAUAAAUGGUCUUACUCCAGUGAUCCAUAUCAACAUCUGCAUUGGUGUGAUGAUAAUGAGCUGGGUGGCACUCAGUCGCUUUGCCUCACUAAUUCAACAUUCGCAUGCAGACCCAAGCCGGUGGCUCAAAGUUCUACCCAGAGCCUUCUUUUGUCGAAAACGGCAAGCAAAACUGGCCUAUGCACUUUGCCUAAUCACCUGGGCUAUUGUGGCCAUAGCAGUCACAUCCUUCGUGGUGCUGUACUCAAUCAGGGCUGGAAGCGAGAAGGACGGUGACGGAAAUGAAGUGUGUUACAGUGUGGCGGUGGAGGUUGGAGGGGAAGGAUCUCACGUCUUCGCGCUGGUGGCUGUUUCAUUGUUCUUCGUCUUCUUCCUGCUGGUCUUAAGCGCAUACAUGGCAGUGAUCAGGCACAUCUGGAGGUCCAAGAAAAGCACGAUCAUCUCUGACAGGCAGCGAGUCUAUGCAAGAGUGUUUCGGAAUAUCGUUGUCAUUAAGGUCGUGCUGGUGGUCUGUCUCCUGCCGUAUCACAUCUAUAAGGCCAUCUUCGUUAAUAUUGUCAAUGAGCAGUCUUGGACUACAUCACCCACAACAGAGGCUUGCCAUCCACUAUCCAUGUACGUGGAGGUAAAAAGCAUCCUCCUCUGUUUAGCGUCUCUGCGAUGUAGCACAGACCCCAUCAUGUACUUCCUGCUGGACAAGACGUUUCGUAACCAUGUACAUAGCCUGAUGAGAUUACGCGCUAACGCAAAAGACAGUCAGUCAUCAAAGUCGAAUGGAGGACAGUUAUCUCAGGCAACAACUGGGUGUCUUUAGACAUUACUUGAGAGGAUACUGUACGCUGACACAAAGGAGUCUCAUUGUGAACAAUGUUCCCUAACAGCUGAACAAUGUUUGGCCGCACACACCAAUAAGAAAGAGAAAGUGAAUGUGAUUCUCUUCAAUAGGUUUACUUCCACAUGUCCAUUGUUCUUCAGUAUUGACCUGAAGCUAUGAGAACCUUACACAGUGCUGAGAAAUGCUUUAUAAUAGAGGAUAUGCAGGCAGGCACAAUGUGAAACCCAAUGCAAACAAGUAAUCUUUCAAAUAGAAAAGUGACUAAUCAGACAAGAAUUGAUCUGAUGCUUCUGUUCCCACACCACUUUGAAUUGCUGUAUAGCUAUAUUGCUUGUGUAGCUAUGAAGAGAUCAGCAAAAAAAAAAAAAAAAAAAAAAUGCUGUCAUCAUUUACUUACCUUAAAGUCAUUCUGAACCUAUAUUACUUUUUUUCCUUUUGAAAUAUGUCUGCUUUUUUUUGUCCAUGUCCUGGUGACAUAUGCCAAAAUCCUUAAAUGAUUUAGUCCGCUUAAACCUAUCCCCCUUUUUUUUAUUCUGUUGCUAAUUAAAGCCAGUAAGUCAAACAAGUUUGGAAAGACAUCAGGGUGAGCAAAUGACAACAGAAUUUAGUUUGAGUGUGUGUAUGCGUGUGUGUACUAUCCCUUUAAUGUGAUUUCUUGCACAUUUAAAGCAUGCCACAUUAACUUUUAAUGAUUGUACUCACAUUUCAGGGUGUUUUUCAAAUAUGUUGUUAUAGGUCUUGCCCAUCCAUGACAACUUGUUUUUUGUUUUUUUAUUUGUUACAUUACAUAUAGUUUCCCGUUUCCAUUUGCAUGCUGGUUCUUGUGGUAUUGUGUUAUAAGCUUCCCAUUAGUUGUGAAAACUGUGCCUUUACAUUAUUUGCAGCACACUCAUAUGACUGUCAUAGGUAAUGAUGCAUGAUGGACAAGGUAUCCAUUUAUAUUUCUGAUAGAAGCAGCAUUAAAAACCACUACUUUAUAGACAGUAAAUAUUAAAGUCUCUCAGGAGCUUAAAAGUCUGCAUCAUUACUCCUAUAAAUAGCAAGAUUAUUUCCUACUUUGCUGUUGUGCUGUCAAUCUAAUCUCAGCAAGAUAGCUGGCUCCAUUAACCAUUUUUUUCAGAAUAUAGUCCAUCAAAUUAAAGAUCAAAUCGUAGGCAAACUGUAUCUAGAAAAUCAGAAAACCAUUUGCUUGGUGUAGCACCAUAUCAAUGGUACAUAUGCUAAACAUACAGAGCAAUUCAUGAAGAGCAAAGUAAAUGUAUAAUCAAGAUUAUUAAGAAAACCUCUGAAAAUGUUGCAGUGUUUACAAGUCAGCAAAUUCUCAGCAGAGACUGGUUUCUUGGCACUCAAAACUGCUGUUCCUUUCCUAUUCAAACUAAGCUGAAUGUGACCAAAUGCUCUGCUUAGAAUAGAAUAUUCUGUUUCCAGA